AUGCUUAAAAACUAUUCCAAAUAUUAUACCGAAUUUGAGCGUCCACCGUUUGCACCAACAUUUUUUCCAACGGAAGAAGAAUUCGCUGAUCCAAUCGCAUAUGUAGCGAAAAUUAAACCUGAAGCGGAGAAGUAUGGUGUGAUUAAAGUCAAACCUCCUCCUUCCUUUCGACCACCUUUCGCCAUCGAUAGUGAGAAAUUCGAUUUCACACCACGCAUUCAAAAGUUGAACCAAAUUGAUGGACUGACGCGAGCAAGAUUGAUAUUCGAUGCACAGUUAGCCAGUUAUUGGCAUAUGCAGGGGCAUAGAUUUGAAGUUCCAAAUAUAGAUAACAAAUAUGUCGAUUUUUACGAUCUUUAUAAGGCUGUAAUGGAAUCAGGAGGAGUUGACACUAUAAACGCUCAGAAGCGAUGGGGUUAUAUAACUAAAAAAAUUGGAUUCAAGCAACAACGUGCAAAUAAAAUCAAAACUCUUUACUUCAGAUGGAUUGAUGCUUUUCAAAAACUUUUUACUCAAGAUGAAGACGAUGAAGAAAACACUAGUGACGGUUGCAGCAACAUAACGAAUGAUACUGAAAUUGGACAAGUUGAGUGUGGAGGACACAUCCCUCAACCUAGAACGAAAUCAAUGGCUGGACUUCGGUUUCAUGCAAAGGAGAAAAAAACGAGAACAUCGGAUCCAAUGGAUGAAGUUGUAUGUAGGAAAUGCGAGAAGGGUGACGAUGAGGACUAUUUGUUGCUGUGCGAAGAUUGUGAUUAUGCACUGCACACUUAUUGCUGUUCGCCGGCAUUGUCAAAUGUUCCACGAUCUGAAUGGCGUUGUCGUCGAUGUUUGUUGACUUCAGUCAAAGAGAUUGCGGAAAGUUAUGCAUUUCACGAUGCACAUACCAGUUAUAAUUUGCUUACGUUUGCUAAAUACGCAAAUGAUUGGAAGCAAAACCAUUUUCACAGAGAUCCGCUGGAAGUCACUUCUGAAGAAGUCGAACAAGAAUUUUGGAAAGAUGUAAUUGAUCUCGAAAACACUGUAGUUGUGAAAUAUGGUGCAGAUCUUGCAGUCACUAAAGUCGGUAGUGGUUUUCCAAUGAAUGGGCGUGACUUCGGAGGAAAAAUGGAUCCAAAGGAACGUGAAUAUUAUGCGAACCAUCCAUGGAAUCUCAACAAUCUACCGAUAUUAAAAGAUUCCGUUUUGAGCCACAUGGAAACUGGGAUAUCCGGUAUGAUGGAACCGUGGGUUUAUGUGGGUAUGUGUCUGAGUGCUUUUUGUUGGCAUACGGAGGAUCAUUGGACCUAUAGUGUCAACUAUUUGCACUGGGGUGAGCGAAAAAUUUGGUAUGGCGUUUCUGGCGAUGAGGGUGAGAAAUUCGACAGAGUUAUGAUGGAACUUGUCCCAUACUUGUUUGAACGUCAACCCGAUGUUUUGCAUCACAUGACAACGACAAUGAACCCUAAAAUUCUUAUGAAUAAGGGUAUUCACGUUUAUACAGUUCAUCAGGAACCAGGUGAAUUUGUGAUAACAUUUCCACGUUCCUAUCAUACUGGUUAUAAUGAGGGACUGAAUUUUGCGGAAGCUGUAAAUUUUGCACCCGCAGAUUGGCUGCGCAAAGGUCGUUUUUGUAUCUUGGAAUAUGCUCGUGUUCAUCGCAAUUGUGUUUUUUCCCACGAAGAAUUAAUGGUAAAAAUGGCGAAAUGUGCUACCAAGCUGAGUACUAAUGUUGGUAUAGCUGUACAUGAAGAAUUAUACGAAAUUAUUGUGCGAGAAAAGCAUCUUCGAGACACUGUCACUGGUAAAGGCAUUACUCAAUCAGCACGUGUUGAAUAUGAGCAUAUUCCUGAUGAUUUUCGCGUUUGUAUUGUUUGCAAGACUACCUUAUUCAUGUCAUCAAUCAUCUGCAAGCACAAAAGGCUUGUAUGUUUAGAGCAUGCCGAUCGUAUUUGUUCUUUGUGUCAUACAGCCGAUCUUACUUUCAAUUAUCGUUAUACUGCUCAAGAACUAAAUUACAUGUACAACAUGUUGUCUUAUGGGAUUUGUGACUAUUCUACCUGGAAAUCCAAACUUUUAUCUGCGAUCAGUGCAAAAAGUCAUGCUGUUAAGCCGACACUAGAUGAUUUGCGUAUUUUGGUUAGUGUUUCGAAAGCGCGGUGUUUCCCACAAUGUGAUGCUACUGAUGAAGCCAUGAAUAUUAUAAAACGUUCUGAGAACAUCAUGCAGAGUGCGCGUGCACUGAUGAGUCGUCGCAUACGAACAAGGAAUAACUUGCGGAAGCAUGCAAAUGAAUGUCCGGCCGAUAUUAAAGACAUCGAGAAACUAGAACAAUCGAUCGAGGAAUUGCCAUGCACUAUACUUAAUUUAGAAUUCAUCGUUAAGAAUUAUGUGCAGCGUUUGGAGGAUUGGCGUAAGCGUUGUUCGCAAUUUUUGAUAGAUGCAAUAGAUUACACUGACAAAUACGAUUAUUAUAUUGAUUUGGCGAACAAAUUGAUUGAAGAAGCUGAUGAUUUCAAUGUUAAUUUGGCGGAGAUCGAUGAUCUGGAAAGAAUGGUAGAUAAGUGCCACUGGCUACAAUGUGCACAUAAAAUAUUGGCUUGGACACCCGAAAAUAAAUCAGAUAGCAAAACGGGGAAUCAAAAUAUAGUUGGACUUGAUCAGGCAAAAGGAAGAUGGAGACUUAGCGAGUUGAUGGAAUUAAUCGAAAAGGGACGAUCCAUCGCUAAUGACGAUGUCAAAUUUCAGAUUGAAAUUGAUGCUUUGAAUGUGAUGUUGAAAAUUGGACACCAGAAUGAAUACGUAGUGCAAGCUUUCUUGCGCGAUAAAAAAAACGAAGGAAUCGGAGUGGAAGAGGCUGAGAAAGUGCGAGCAGUUUUGGAAGUCUCCGAUUGGAUGACAGAAGAAUAUACCGAUAAGUUUAGAAAUGAAUAUAAGUUCGCUCGAACUGUUUACGACACUGCUCGACGUUUGAGAGGAAACAAAAGUUAUACGCUGAAAUCUUUGAGCGAUUUGCUUUUUAAAAUCGGGAAAUCCUUCAUUUUGAGAAAUUCAAUAAUGGAUUCAGAUAUAGAAAGACUCUAUGAUUGCGUUCAGUGUUUUUGCCGACGUGUUGGUCAUAUGUUUGCGCUAUCUCCAUCCUAUUACAGCAUUGUCGAGAUAUUGAACGGUCGAGACGAUUUAACGGAAUUAAUCGAAGGUGUUGCAACACCACUUAUCCUGGUGGAUCCACUUUCACUGCGUGACAAUUGGGCAUAUAUUGAAAAUUUCGAAUCCGUUGAACAGCUUACGCAUCAUAUCAAUUCACUUUAUGAACAACAGCGCAGAUUAAUUGUAACUCUAAGAAAGUCGAAUGAAGCCCGCUUCAUUGACGAAAUGUGUUUGUGUGGUAGCACGAAGGAAGAAGAUUCUGUUAUUCGUUGUCUUCUUUGUCACGCCAAAUAUCACUCAAAUUGCGUGCAGUGGAAUCCCUUCAUGUCACAGCUUCCAGUAGGCUAUUAUCUUUGUGUACGAUGUUUACGUAGUCGUCGUCCUUUUGUGGAAGACGUAAAAGAUGCAUGUGGAACUGCUUUACCAUCUUUGGAACGUAUGUUGGUUGAAACCGCUUUGAAGCAUGCUGAAAUGGCGUAUACGGAAGCUUUGGAUGUUAUUGGCAAACUACCACCUCUUGAUAUUCCUCUUGAUGCUGAACUAUGUAAAAGUGUUGAUGAGUCUCUGAUUGCGGUUUUCUGUAACGAGAUAAUGAAUUUGGAAGCGUGGAAAUUGAUCACUAAUGCACUCAUUCGAGUGAAGCCACCUACUGAAAGGGAUAAAGCGAUUUAUGAGCAGAUUAAAACACGAUCGAUUUCGACACAAAUUCCAAGCGUUUUGUUCCCUGACAGUAAUGGUAGUAAAAGGCGUCGAGGUCUGAAGCGAAGUGUAUUAGGAAGCAGCAAAUUUAUGACACAUCGGAAACGUUCAAAGAAUGAUUUUCAUCAAGAACAAGACGUCUGCUCUGCUACCACUUGUCUAAAACCUUACAGUGAUCACAUUCGUUGGAUUCAGUGUGAAGCAGGUUGUUCACAAUGGUAUCAUUAUGUUUGUGUUGGGCAAACGGUGAAUCGAGUCGACCAAACAUCAUUGUAUUGUUGUCACAGCUGCUCGUCAGAAGGCAUGUGUUCAUCCUCUGGAUCAGUUACUUCAUGUCCUCCUUAA